AUGUCGAGCUCUCUGAGUACUGGCAUCGCCAAAGCUACCAACAUCAUGAUUAAGCCGACGCACAUGUACGACUCCAUGGGGAGAAGGAAAGAGGGUGUGGUGAAGGCUGUUGCCGCCGCCCGUUUCGAAGACGCUUUGCAAACAUUCAACAGGCUGUGCUCGAGGCUCCUGUCAUUUUCCCACCUGAUCACCGAGACCGAAGCAAUCAAGCAGCUGGAAGAUGUCUAUGCCCGCUUUUCGACUUGGGGUCACGAGACUGGCGCCGAAGACCUAUCAUUGGACCGGAGGCUUCGCAAAUCUAAAGAGCUACAUGAAACUGUCAUUGAUAUAUUGCAUGAACUCCAAUCGGCGCUGGAUGAUGGCAUGCAGUUAGUGGAAGAACAGCAGUUUGCGGACUGGACGAAACAGCUUAUCGAGCAACAAGACUUUGACCCCCCUGCAAUCAUAGAAGAGAUGGCACAAGAUGAAGUCGACCCUAGGGACACUGGCCCCACCGGGCCCCCUGUUGAUGACGCGCAAGCAACUGUGCUUAUGGAAAGACUCCUGGAAGCGGUCGACGAAAUCAGCGGCAAUGUCGACAACCUCAUCAUGCUCGGCCCCAGCCUUGAACGGCCCUACCCCCAAGAUAUUGACGCAUACGCAUCCAGUAUCAGCAAUACGAGCGAUAUCAGUGACAGCAUGGACAUUGAGAGGGCGUGCCUGGAGUUUCCUAUUGCUUCAAGCAUACUCCAGAAACGACUGGGCCGCGCAAACUGGAAAAGACGGAUCGCACAGAUGGUGGUCCACGAGCAGAACCGGAAAGACGGGAAGAUCCAUCCCCCCAGACAACGGACCAAGAAGACAGUUCGACAGGAGGUAGCCCAGGAUGCCUUCAACUUCCAGCAGCCUACGCUUAGAAGGGAGAAGCUAGUGGUGGUACCGAAGUUUCUGCCUCUCAUGUCGGUGACGGCCAGUACUGCAGAGGUGUCCGAUACGGCGUCAGACCUGUGGGACACGAAUCCCAGGUCUAGCACAUCCAAACUCAAUCGUGCUAAUUCGGCCACGACGUUGGCAACAAUGGCAACAUAUGAGUCUAAUAAGAAGGUCCAGACUGGAAUGAAAAUGCUACAGCUGGCGGCGGCCAAAGAGGCCAUGUUUCCAAAGACACCAGUGCAGCUCACGGAGAUUCCAAAAGGCCGUACAGUGGCGUUCACAUGCAACUUUUGCGGCUAUGACCUUGAGGCGGGCGGGAGAAUUCAGACAGAGGAGGACUGGAACCAGCACCUACUAGAAGAUUUGGAGCCGUACCUAUGCACGUUUGACAAGUGCUUCAGUGCGCAAGAAACAUAUGCGCGACGAGAUGAGUGGUAUCGUCACGAGCUAGAGUCGCACCGAGUUCACAAGGCAUGGGUGUGUCCGGCAUGCCGAGAAGAGUUCAAGACCAAGCAGGAGGCGACGGAGCACCUAAUGCAGAUCCACUGCUGUGACUUCAAAAACGAGAAGGAGGUGGUCAUGAUGAAAGCCAUGUUGAAGCAGACGCUCUCCAGCCGGAUUUUAGGGACACAGAUAUGCCCUCUUUGCGGCGAAAAACUCGAGGCUCGCCGCUGCAAAGAGCAUAUAGCGCGACAUCUGGAGUGCUUUGCUCUACUCUCGAUUGCCGAGGAGGCCACGUCUGAUGAGGACGAGUCGGACGAUAUCUUUUCGCAGAGUGACGACGCGAUGUCGGACCGCGGACGGAAGGAGCUGGUGCUGAGCACGUUUGUCAGGGAGCAGUUCAACCUCAAUCUGGAGAGAGGUCAGCAGCCACCGGAUCGUUUUAUGGACGGAGGCGGUGGGCUGGAUCUGCUGGAAGACAUGUCUGAGUGUGGCGAUUCCAAGGACUCGGAGCCGCGCAUAGGAAAUGCGCGGCAGCGGGAGUCGACACAGAUGUUGAUGGACAAGAUGUUCCACGGCUACGGUGGCGCACAUCCGACGAUAGCAGCACGGAGAACGGCGACGACAACGGCAGAAACGUCCGGCAAGCGAGCAGCACGCUGGCCACAGCAACAGCAGCAGCAGCAGGUUGGAGGGCCCCCCUCGCUGGCAUCAUUGACAGAGAAGCUGCCCCUAUUGCGGACAUGGUCGUUUCCGCGAAACGCAGACUUUAUGGGCCGCGACAGGGAGCUGGCAAACCUGUACAAGAUCCUGUCGGAGCCGGGCAAAGUGUGUGUGGUCAGCGGCGAAGGCGGGAUGGGCAAGACAGCACUGGCAGUGGAGUACACAUGGCGAUACGAGCAGAGCUACCACUACAUUUUCUGGGUACAAGCUGAGACGCCGGUGGGGUCCAGUGACACGUUCUGCCAGAUUGCACAGCAGAUGCGGCUAGUGCCCGAGGGCACGGACCAGGAAACGAUGAUCCGACUCGGACGGGAGUUUCUGGAAGGGAUUCGGGAUAAGCGGUGGCUGAUGGUGCUGGACAACGUGGAGAAGUGGGACGACAUUGACGUGUACACGCCAACGAAGACGUCGGCGACGCAGGGGUCGAUCCUGAUUACGACGCGACACGAGAGCCUGACGGCGCCGUCACGGCCGGUCAACUACUUCCGCACGACGCUGCAGGAGCUGAGUAUCGAGGAGGGCCGGCAGCUGCUGAUCCACGGGCUGCCCGAAGACCUGCGGCCCAAGGAGAUGUCCCUGCGCGACCGGGAGUACAAGGUAGCGGGCGAAAUUGCCGGGCUGGUGGGCCUGCCGCUGCUGAUCGUGUACAUCUCGGGCUACAUCAAGAAUUUGGGCUGCACGCUGUCGGAGUUCUGGGAAUAUUGGAACGAGUGGCGGCCAAAUGCCCGUCUGUCGGGAAGCGGAGGUGGCAGUGGCGAUGCCGGUGGUGAAGCCGGGAAAGGAUCCGGGGAUGUCGAGGAUGAUGCCACAGAGGGGACGAGCAAACGCGACACGAGCGGACGCGAAGGGGUUUUUUACAUGGCGCUCCGGGACCUGAGCACGGACGAGAAGAAGCUACUGAAGAUCAUGGCCUUUCUGGACAGCGACGGGAUCCAACGAGAGCUGUUGGAGUGGAACGAUGCUAGCCGUCCGGGGCCGGGGUAUCUGAAGAAGAGUCGACUGCGGCUGAUCAUCAGCAAGCUCAAGGGCCAGAGCAUCGUGACGGAGAAGCGGCAGGGCGAGCGGGAGACGUACAACGUGCACCGGCUGUUGCAGGCGCGACUUCUGCAGGACAUGAACGGCAACCAGGCGGAGCGGGACGAGAUCUUCAUGCUCGCCUUCAGCCUGAUUCGCAGCCGGCUGCCACGACCGUCUCUGGACACGCCAGAGCCACACAAGUGGAACGCGUUCAAGGAGUACCUGCCACAUGUCCUGAGCCUGCAGCGGGCAUACGCGAACCCGCUGUCGAUCGUGACGGUGCGGCCGUUCCGCGGCCUAGCCGAGCUGUUCAAGGACGGCGGCGUGCUGUUGUGGCAGCGGUAUGUGCACGGGGACGCGCUGAAGCUGCUGCACUCGGCCGAGAAGAUCCUCGAUCAGGUGCGGCAGUACAGCGACAAGAGCGACAAGAGCGACGGCGGCCAUGAUGAGGGCGACAGCGACGAGGACGAGAAUCUGCGGGCCGAGGUCAACAUUACGAUCAACCUGCUGCUACAGUACUUUGGUAUCAGCUUCCGCAAGGAGAUCCGGGAUCGGUCGGCCGCGAUCUUGGCGUAUCACGAGCGAGUGGCACGACGGCGAGGCCGAGACAAAGGCGUCGACGACGGUGAUCAUGGCGGCUCCGACGACUACGAGGACCAGCUGAUGGUCAGCAACGCGCGGGCCGACUACGCCAACACGCUGCUGCAGUUCAACGACUUCCGGCAGGCCGAGCCGAUCUAUGAGGCCUGUCUGGCGACGUUCAGCGCGGCAGCCAGCACGAGCGCCAAGGACAACAGCGACAGCAACACGGCCUUUGCGCUGGCCAAGCUGCACCACCAUCUGGCGUACUGCCGCAUGUACCGGCACCAGUUCGACGAGGCGGUCGAGCUAGCCGACCAGGCCGUCCGCAUCAUCGAGCGGGUCAGCGACAUGGCCAUGGCGCUGCGGUAUCGCUUCGACCUGGCCUGCAUCACGCUGCAGUCAGGAAGACGAGAACAGGCCCUGGCCCUGCAUCAGGGCAUCCUCAAGGCCCGGCUCGGCUUCCAGGGACGGGCCAGCUACUUUACGCUGCAGAGCCAGUACGCCGUGGCGGCGCUGUGUCAUUAUCUGGGGCAGCUGGAAGAAGCCGAGAUGCUCAUGAAAUCGGCCCUGUCCAAAGCGGCCGGUCGAGGCGGCAAGAACUUCUGGCCAGACGCAGCAGUGGCGCGCACCAAGUACCACCUCUCCUUGGUAAUGGCAGAGCGGGACAGCAGCCGGGGUCUGGUCGGGAUGGAUGAAGAACUUCGGACACGGCGGCAGGACGAGGCUCGUAAGCUGGCCUUUGAGGCCAAGGACGUUUUGUCGCGGAUGCUGCCUUACGACCCAGAGCCGAUCACAGGUGUUAGGGAGGAGGACACGCUGGCGCUGUUCGAUCAUCUGCAGCCGGUGUUUGGCGGUCGGUUCACGAGCACGAAGCUGUUGGGGUAUAUUUCAUAG